CGGGGCUUGGAGUAGUACAGCCAUCAUGCCCGCCAAGACAUUAUUACUCCCCUCAUAUGUUAAAAGUACUAAAUUAUGUGACCGCGGUGGUGCUUUCGCUAACGCAAUCCGACACAACGAAGCAGAAGGCCCUGGAUACACCGCUUGAACAUAGAGACGGUGAAUCAAUGCCCUUAAGUAAGCGCGCGAUCCGCUUAGGGUCGGACGCAAAAGAAAAGUGGGCUGGGCUGGGGCAAAACGUCUGUGUCGAGCGGUAUGUGGUUCCACGAGCUUCAGGUCCUCAUCGAUGCGAGAGGCAGUUUUCCUUUCUUACUCUGAAGCAUGUGAAGAAGUCAUAGGAUUUUCGUAUCUUGCCUGUCACGAGCUGGCGGUUGCAUUGAUUCGUCCGCCUCGCAAGUUGGCACGCAAUCGAUUGGCACCAGACUUUCACGGAACAUCUAUACAUACAGGCAGCGCUGCUUGGUGUCUAUAUAUAUAAAGCACAUGCCCCCGCUGUCUCUCUCUUUCCAUUCGGCAAAAUUGCUUAAAGCUAGGACGCCGGUUCCUAUCUUCCAAUACCGCCAUGUCUACGCCAACUCCAUGGGUCACCAAUCGCUAUCCUCCUACUCGUCGCUCAGACCAUGUCGACGUGUACAAGAGCGAGUCCAAGGGCGAAGUACGCGUCGCAGAUCCGUAUGAAUGGUUGGAGCACAACACACCAGAGACGGACGCGUGGACGACUGCACAGGUAGAAUUCACUAAGGAAUAUUUGGAUAAGAACACCGACAGACAGGCUCUCGAGGACGAAAUUCGCAAAAACACGGACUACGCGAAGUUCUCUUCUCCCACUUUGAAGGACGAUAAUCGCUGGUACUGGUACUACAACACCGGUCUUCAAGCACAGUCCGUCAUUUAUCGUUCAAAGGAUGACAGACUACCUGAUUUCUCCAAGGGGGAUGGUCUUGGAGGAGAAAUCUUCUUUGACCCAAACUUGCUAUCGGAUGACGGCACUGCUGCACUCGCUGCAACAGCUUUCUCCCGCUCAGGAAAAUACUUUGCCUACGGAAUAUCGCGUUCUGGAAGUGACUUCUACACGGUGUAUAUUCGGCCCACUUCCGCACCUUUGGCUUCAGUGAAUGGGCAGAAAGUCUCGCAUGAUGACGGUCGUCUCCACGAUGAAAUCCGCUUCGUCAAGUUCUCGGCUAUCUCGUGGACGCAUGACUCGAAGGGCUUCUUCUAUCAGCGAUUCCCUGAGCGUGAAUCCCAUGGGGCUGCCGAAGAGGACAAGGCCGGUACGGAAACUCAGAGCGACAAAGACGCUAUGCUCUAUUACCAUCGCGUCGGAACAUCGCAAACGGAGGAUAUUCUCGUCCAUAAGGACCCUAAGAACCCAGAGUGGAUGUGGGGCGCUGAUGUCACCGAGGUCGACGGCAGGUACCUCAUACUCUCGAUUUCCAGGGAUACAUCCAGGAAAAAUCUUCUAUGGAUCGCGGAUCUCGAACAGCAGACGAUCCGCCCCGACCUCAAGUGGGAUAAGCUCAUUGAUGAGUUCGAUUCCCGAUAUGACUAUAUUGCCAACAAUAGUACUUCAUUCUACUUCCUUUCUAAUAAGAACGCCCCGCAGUACAAGCUCGUCAGCGUGGAUAUCUCGCACCCACCGGAACAACGUGUUUUCAAAGAUGUCUUACCAGAGGACAAAGAAGCGCACCUUGAGGAUGUUCUCGCUGUUAACGGAGAUCACUUCGCUGUGGUGUACAAGCGUAACGUCAAAGACGAAAUCUACGUGUACAACUUCGCAGGUGAGCGUCUGACGCGUCUAGCUUCCGACUUCGUCGGCGCUGCGACGCUCUCGGGACGCCGUGCACACGCCUGGUUCUUCAGUACCUUGACCGGCUUCACUACUCCCGGUAUCGUAGCGCGCUAUGACUUCAGGGAAAAGGACGAAGAGAAAAGGUGGAGUAUCUACAGGAAGACGCUCGUUAAAGGCUUGCAUCCAGAUGAUUUCGUUGCAGAUCAGGUCUGGUAUGACAGCAAGGAUGGUACCAGGGUUCCUAUGUUCGUCGUACGACACAAGGACACUAAGUUUGAUGGCUCGGCGCCAGCCAUUCAGUACGGCUAUGGUGGCUUCACCAUUUCUGUCAAUCCGUUCUUUAGUCCAUCGAUACUUACGUUCCUUCAACGAUACGGUGCGGUUUUGGCUGUACCUAACAUUCGAGGAGGCGGUGAGUUCGGCGAGGAGUGGCAUUUGGCUGGUACUAAGGAGCGCAAGGUGAAUUGUUUCAAUGACUUUAUUGCGGCCAGCGAAUUCCUCGUAAAAGAAAAGUAUGCUGCACGUGGUAAAAUUGCUAUCAAUGGUGGAUCCAAUGGAGGUCUGCUUGUUGCCGCAUGUGUAAACCGGGCACCAGAAGGUCUUCUUGGAGCAGCAGUUGCCGAGGUCGGCGUACUUGAUCUCCUGAAGUUCGCGGACUUCACGAUCGGUCGCGCUUGGGUGUCAGACUACGGAGACCCGCACGAGCCGCACGACUUCGAUUUCAUUUACCCAAUCUCUCCACUUCACAACGUACCUACGGACCGAGUGCUUCCACCAACGAUCCUUUUGACCGCCGAUCAUGACGAUCGAGUGGUACCCCUCCACUCCUUCAAACACGCAGCGACAUUGCAACACACACUUCCAAAUAAUUCUCAUCCUCUCCUUAUCCGUAUCGACAAGAAGGCAGGACAUGGUGCUGGGAAAUCCACAGAGAAGAGGAUCAAGGAAGCUGCGGAUAAGUGGGGCUUCGUUGUGCAAUCACUCGGACUGACAAGUAGAGAGGCCUGAACGACGGCCUUUAGAACGGACAGUGGACAUUUAUACACCUUCGGCGAAUUAUAUAGAUCAUCUACGUCUCAUCGUAUUACCAUGCUCUAGAAGAUACCCUCAUCCACUUGUGUUCUGUCAAAGGCAAGGUCAAAGGUACCGAUCGAGGAUCAAGCAGACGAUCUGUCACGGCUUCCUCUCAAGAUCACAGAAUCUCAGUCAGAAGGCCUAAAUUUGCCGUUUCAGUUCACAUUCUAGGCAACGUAGGUAUCUUUCCAAUGCCCUUCAGCAAGGAUCGGCGGCCGCACUUCUUAACUCAAUCUCUUAGAGACUCGCAACUCUUCCUGUUGGGAGAUACCACCUCUUCGUUUUUACACACCCUUGUGGACGGAAAUAGCUCGAUGUUCCGGCCUUCCCACUGUCGGAGAUUUUUUGAGAUGUGGUUGAGGUUUUCUCCUUUCUUAUCACUUUCUCGACAUCCCAAGAAGUUUGAAGCGCAUCAUAGAACAAUUAGAGGCACAAGUCGUACUGGGCACGGAACGGAUUCACUUGUGUACUCCGACUUUGCGGACCCGUGGUAAUGUGGUUUGGAAGGAUCAGCAUCAAAUGCUGAUCUCUGCUUGUCGUCUUUAUCACUUUCCUGUCAACCCCUUAUGUUCAUUUUGCCCAAAGCUACUCUAUCAUCCGGUUAAACAGGAACACGAGGCGGCCGCUUUCUUCUGUUUCGAAUUUCUACACGAUGAUCUACUUGGAAGCUUUCCUAACAUGGACGUCAGGU